AUGUGCGUACCGGACUCGCUAACCAUCGCUGAGAAUACCUUGUUUUCUGACGGGUUUACAGCUUACAAGCUAAAUGCUAAAAAGGUGUUUACACUGUACGAACUGGCAAUGCAGCAAUUGUCUAAACAGGAUCACUACGACUUUGGUCUGAGAUCUAUGGUCGCUCUGCUCCGAUAUGCAGGCGUAAAGAGGCGGGCCUAUCCUCAUCUGCCAGAGUCUGAGAUGGUCAUCUUAGCUAUGCGCGACAUGAAUGUAGCUCGUCUCACGGCUAAAGAUGUCCCUCUAUUCGAUGGGAUAAUGCAAGAUAUCUUCCCCGAUGUGGAGGUACCCACGCUGGAUUACGAGGUUCUAGAAACUGCUAUAAGUGCGGAGAUGAGAGCUGCGGGACUGCAGCCAGUUAAAGCUGCGUUACACAAAGUUAUACAGACAUAUGAAACGAAGAACUCACGCCACUCUUCAAUUCUGCUGGGUAACACAAACACGGCCAAGACAGUCUCCUGGAAAAUGUUAGCAGCGACCCUCUCGCGUCUCUAUCGUCAGAAGAUGGCAGGCUUUGUGAACGUCAACGUGUUUCCUAUUAAUCCUAAAGCUUUGACUCUCGGGGAACUAUACGGGGAGUACAACCUGGCUACAGGGGAGUGGAAAGAUGGUGUACUUUCGUCUGUCAUGAGGACUGUUUGUCAAGACGAGUCUCUGGAACAAAAGUGGAUCAUAUUCGAUGGACCCGUCGAUGCAAUUUGGAUAGAAAAUCUCAAUUCUGUAAUGGACGAUAAUAAACUGCUUACUUUAGUGAACAGUGAGAGAAUAUCCAUGCCAGCUCAGGUAUCGAUAUUAAUCGAGACUCUAGACUUGGCCGUGGCGUCUCCCGCCACCGUGUCCCGUAACGGCAUGGUAUACAAUGAUUACAAGGACUGGGGCUGGUGGCCAUUCGUUAACUCUUGGCUAGAAACUAUCGAGGAUUUGGAGUACAGGGAAAUGCUACGUUACAACUUUUCGAGUAUUCUAACUCCUGUAUUGGAACUGAAGCGGCUCCAUCUUCAAGAGGGUGAAAGUGUAAAGGGCCAGGAGCUGACGGGAGUGAGAUCCAUGUGCCGACUGCUGGGCAUGCAGCCUGCUCCCGGCCCUCCCGGACCUGAUGAGGAGGACAAUGAAGUUCUUGCUAAGAUGAGAUUUCUUUUUGCCCUGGUCUGGUCGGUAUGUGCAACUCUUGAAGAUGAGCCUCGGAAGAAGAUUGACAACUGGAUCAGGGAGCACGAGGGCGUUUUUCCACUAAAGGACACCGUAUACGAUUACUACGUGGAUGAGAGGCUGCGUGUCUUCAAACCGUGGGAGGAUAAGUUGCCUGAUAAUUGGAGAUUUAAUCCUUCCUCUGGAUUCCACAUGAUUUUGGUACCAACUGUGGAAUUCAUUCGAGUGCAAAUUAUCGCUCUCGAAAUGCUAAAAGCAGGGUACGGGGUAUUGAUCGGUGGGCCCACGGGCACGGGCAAAACGUUCCUCAUUCAAGGUACCCUGGUGCAGCUGGACCCUGAAAAGUACAGUACUCAAGUGAUCAACAUGUCUGCACAAACGACAGCAGCCAACGUGCAGGACAUUAUUGAAGCUAGGCUCGAAAAGAGAACCAAAGGAAAUUAUGUACCCGCUGGGGGUAAGAGGAUGAUAUCGUUCAUGGAUGACAUCAACAUGCCAGUUCGGGACGAGUACGGUUCGCAGCCGCCUCUAGAGCUGGUGCGACUGUGGCACGACUACGGCUAUUGGUACGACAGAGAAAAACAGUGGCGGAAGAAUGUCAGGAACAUGGUGCUGUGCGCAUGCGCGGGCCCGCCGGGCGGCGCGCGCUCGCACCUGCCGCCGCGCCUGCUGUCCUGCUUCCACGCCUUCUACCUCACCGCGCCCACCACGCAGCAGCUCGUCAAGAUCUUCGGCACCAUGCUCAGCCAGCACCUCAGCGACUUCGAUGAGGAGACCAAAUCUGUCGGUAAAACAGUGCUGGUUGCAACAAUAGACAUGUUUAACAACGUAGUCAGCAAACUUCUACCGACUCCCAGCAAGAUGCACUAUCUGUUCAAUUUGAGAGAUAUCUCUAAAAUAUUCCAAGGUUUGCUCCGCAGCAAUAAGGAUUAUACAAACACAAGGGCAAGGUUCCUACGCUUGUGGGUCCACGAGUGUUUCCGUGUCUUCUACGAUAGGCUCACGGAGGAGAAGGAUCGCGACUGGUUCAUGAACCACGUGGGCGACAUGCUGGGCAAGCACUUCGAGCUGACCUUCCACGCGCUGUGCCCCUCCAAGAGCGCGCCCAUAUUUGGACACUUCCUUAACCCAUUCGAAGUUUACGAUGACCUUAAUGACCCGGUGGCACUGCGCAAAUACAUCCUACAUCAGUUGGAAGAAUACAACAGUUCCCCGGGCGUAGUGAAAAUGGACUUGGUACUGUUCAAGGAUGCGAUAGACCACAUCUGCCGUAUCGUGCGAGUCAUCUCGCAGCAACGCGGCCAUAUGCUGUGUGUGGGCAUCGGUGGGUCGGGCCGUCAGAGUCUGACCCGUGUGGCGACUUACAUUUGCGAGUACUACGCCUUCCAAGUUGUCGUCACCAAAACGUAUGGAGUCAAAGACUUCAGAGAAGAUUUAAAGCUGCUAUACACCAAUUGCGGCGUAGACCAGAAGACCACCACGUUUAUAUUCUGCGAUACGCAAAUUACUGAGGAAACGUUCACCGAGAUCAUCAACAACUUACUCAGCAGCGGAGAAGUCACCAAUCUGUACAAGGCUGAUGAGUUUGAAGAUGUAAAGUCGGCUCUAGAGAAGCCAAUGAAGGCCGCAAAUAUUCUGCAGACCCAAGAACAGGUGUAUUUGUUUUUGGUAGACAGAGUCAGAGCCAACCUGCAUAUAGUGCUCUGCUUUAGCCCUAUCGGGGAAAUAUUUAGGAAUCGUAUCCGCCAGUACCCAGCUUUAAUUAACGCUACGACAACAAACUGGUUCCUGGAGUGGCCACGAGAAGCGUUGUUAGAAGUCGCUUACAAGUUCUUGGAAGGAGUGGAACUGCUCGCUUCCAUCACUGGACCGAGGGUUCGCAGAAAGGAAUCAUUGAUUGAAAGUCGUGAGGAUGGAUUGAGAGCUUCGACAGCGUCCAUCAUGUCUCUUAUACACUCCUCAGUAGGGAGGUACUCGGUUAAGAUGUACCAGGAGAUGCGAAGAACGAACUAUGUCACUCCAACUAAUUAUCUAGAACUGGUGUCUGGCUAUAAAGAGAUGCUAAAAAAUAAACGAUUCGAAGUCGCCUUGCAGGCGAACAAACUGCGCAAUGGACUCGGUAAGGUCGAGGAGACCACCAAGUUAGUGGGACAGAUGUCGGAAGAACUGGCGAUUUCCCAGGUACAAGUAAACGAGUACACAGAACAGUGUAUCGAGUACAUGGGCGUGAUCAACGUCCAACAACGGAACGCGGACGAACAACAACGCAGCGUCGCCGCGAGGAGCAAGAAGACCAUGGAGGAGGAGGUGCAGUGCAAGAAGCUCGCUGACGCCGCCAUGAGGGACCUCGCCAGCGCCAUGCCCGCGCUCGAGGAGGCCAUCAAGGCUCUGGACGCGUUGAACAAAAAGGACAUCACUGAGGUAAAAUCUUACGCCAAACCGCCGCAGAAAGUCGAAAUGGUUAUGGAAGCCGUACUUAUAUUGUUGCAGAAAGAGCCAACUUGGGCUGAGGCGAAGCGCCAGCUUGGCGACCAGUACUUCUUAGACCGGCUGCGGGAGUUCGACAAGGACAACAUAUCGGACAAGACGCUGAAGAAGAUUGGCACAUACACGGUGAAGCCAGACUUCGAGCCGGACAUCGUGGGUACGGUCUCCGCCGCCUGCAAGUCGCUGUGUCUGUGGGUCCGGGCCAUCGAGAAAUAUGGCAAGGUUUACAAGAUUGUAAAACCAAAGAAGGAGCGUCUAGAAGAAGCGUUGGAGUCCCUGCGCAUGAAGCAACAGAUCUUGGCUGAGGCGAGAGCUAAGCUGAAGGAGUUGAGUGAGAUGAUCGCGCGGCUACAGAAGGAGUACGACGAGAAGGUCGCACAAAAAGAAGAGUUGGAGCGCAAAGCUAGACUCCUGCAAUUGAAACUGGAGAGAGCUGAGGCACUCAUCACUGGACUUUCAGGGGAAAAGGAGCGAUGGGAGGCGACAGUGGAGCGCUUGGACAAGGAGUUCGACAACCUGCCCGGCGACUGCCUCAUCGCCACCGGCUUCGUGGCCUACCUCGGGCCCUUCAUGUCCGAGUACAGGGAGCUGCUCAUGGACGAUUGGUUCAACGAGGUGUUCAACGAAUCAGUACCUGUGACCAUGGGCUUGAGUAUGAAGACCUUCUUACUGGACGAUGCUGUACUAAGAGAAUGGAACUACAUGGGACUUCCAGAUGACAACUUCAGCGCUGAAAACGGUAUCAUUGUUGUUCGAGCCACGCGCUGGCCAUUGGCUGUGGACCCGCAGGGACAAGCGCUCAUCUGGAUCUCACACCUCGAGGAGAAGAACAACAUACAGAUUGUAGACUUUGGGCAACCCAACUACCUGAAGAUCAUGGAAGGCGCGCUUUCGUCAGGCUCACCCAUCUUGGUCCAAAACGUGGGAGAGGUUCUAGAUCCGUCGAUCGCUCCCAUUCUGGACAAAGCCAUCGUCACCAUUGGGUCUGCGCAAGUCAUCAAGUUCAAUGAUAAAAUGGUCACCUACAACAAAAAUUUCAGAAUGUACCUCACUACCAAACUUGGUAACCCGGUGUACACUCCAGAAACUUUGACCAAGACGACCAUGGUGAACUUUGCUGUGAAGGAGCAGGGGCUCACGGCGCAACUGCUGGGCAUCGUGGUUCGCAAGGAGCGGCCCCAACUAGAACAGAUGAAAGACAACCUUGUCAUGACAAUUGCCAACAACAAGAAAGUGCUUUUGGAUUUAGAGAACGACCUGCUACGCAUAAUGUACGAGUCUCAAGUGCCGCUGCUGGAGAAUGAAGAGCUGUUCACCACUCUGCAGACCUCGCAGCGGACCUCUCUGGAAGUGAAAGAGGCACUCAUCACUUCACAGGUCACGGAGAAGGAAAUCGACGUCGCCAGACAGUCCUUGAAAAAGGACCUCUACACCGAGGCCCAAUCCACCUCCCCCAAAGUAUACUGGUAUAUUAGUGUCGUGUGGCUGUGCCAGGGCUACGUGCCGGUGGCGGUGCGCGCGUCGGUUCUGUUCUUCGCGCUCAACGACCUGUCGCGCAUCGACCCCAUGUACCAGUUCUCGCUCGACGCCUACAUCGACCUAUUCACCUACUCCAUCGACCGCAGCCCCAAGUCGCAGGAGCUCGAGGACAGGAUCAACAACCUCAACGAGUUCCACACCUACGCUGUCUACAAGAACACGUGCCGGGCGCUGUUCGAGCGCCACAAGCUGCUGCUGUCCUUCCACAUGGUGUCGCGCAUCCUGUUCCAGUGCGACAAGCUCAACCGCAACGAGUACCUGUUCCUGCUGCGGGGGGGAAUCGUGCUCGACAGGUCCGAGCAGCCCGACAACCCUACCAAUUGGCUACCAGACGAAUGUUGGGACAACAUCACCGAACUUGAUAAACUGCCUGGAUUCCACGGGGUGAAUGAUUCCUUCGAGAUUUUCAGCAAGGAAUGGAGGGAAUGGUAUCUUAACCCUGAACCUGAGCAACAACCGCUUAUCGGCGAUUGGAACGACAUCUGCAACGACUUCCAAAAAAACGCUUUUUGUGCGCAGCCUGCGCGGGGAAACGCGCGUGUCGUCGGCGUCACCACCUUCAUCACCAACGUGCUGGGCCCGCGCUACCGAGCCGCCCGUGCUCGACAUCAAGGUACUGGCUCCUCGUGCGGGUGCUUCGAACGAAAACAAAUUGCGUCCUGGGAGGAGUCGUCGUACAAGACAUCGCUGCUGUUCGUGCUGUCGCCGGGCGUGGACCCGACGUCGGCGCUGAUCCAGCUCGCCGUUGACGUCAAGAUGUUCGACAAGUUCGCCUCGCUCAGCCUGGGACAGGGCCAGGCGCCCACCGCCGAACGGAUGCUGUCCCACGGCAUGAAGGAAGGUGGAUGGGUGUUCCUGGCCAACUGCCACUUGGCGUGUACGUGGCUGGGGGGGCUGCGGGGACUGGACAACCCUAAGAUACACCCGCGUUUCCGUCUCUGGCUCUCCUCCAUGCCCGACGAUAAGUUCCCCUUGGCUGUGCUGCAGAGGAGCAUUAAGAUGACCACAGAACCUCCGCAGGGCUUGAAAGGCAACAUGGUCCGGCUCUUUGCGAAUUUAAACGAGGAGAAGUACGACUCAGCCACGCCUAUGUACAGGCGACUGCUGUUCUGCGUCUCGUUCUUCCACUGCAGUCUCAUCGCGCGGAAGAGGUUCCGACAGCUCGGCUACAAUGCUGUCUACAGCUUUAAUGACGCUGACUUUGACGUGUCAGACAAUCUUCUAGCGAACUAUCUAGAAGAGUAUGACGAUGUGCCGUGGGACGCGCUGCGUUACCUCUUCGCCAUAAUUAACUACGGUGGCCAUAUCACUGAUGACUGGGACAAGAGAGUCUUGAUUGCCUACAUUAAUCAAUUUUUCUGCGAAGAAGCACUGGACACUCCGUUUUAUAGACUAUCAUCAAUUCCUGCGUACCAUAUCCCGCGCGACGGCAGCCUGGAAUCGUACCGGGACUUCCUGGACUUGUGGCCGGGGUACGAACGCGCUGAGUCUGUGGGACAACAUGCUUCUGCUGAUGUCGCUACUCUUGCGCAGGAUGCACUGAUCAUGUGUUCGACCUUAUUUGCGCUCGCCUCGACUGGAGGUAGUGGAGGCGGGGGUGGAGAUGACCAGAAGGUAAACGACAUGGCUGCGGAGAUGGCGACGAAGCUCCCGAAUAAGAUAGACGUGGAGACGACCGAGCGUAUGAUGGGACCUGAAAUCGUGAUGCCCAUGUGCGUCUCUCUGCUUCAGGAGAUUGGCUACUUCAACAGUCUGAUCAGCUUUAUUACUUUUGGACUUAAAGAACUGCGUCGUGCCAUCGAAGGGUUGGUGGUGAUGUCCGAGCUACUGGAGAUGAUGUACACCUGUAUCAACCAGGGAGUGGUUCCUAACUUUUGGUUGAAAGGGCGGCCGUCGAUCAAGCCGCUGGGGUCGUGGUGCCGCGAGCUGUUCCUGCGCGGCGCGCACCUGCAGGGCUGGGCCAACGCGCCGCGCGGGCCGCCCACGCUGUGCUGGCUGCCCGCCUUCGUCGUGCCCACCGGCUUCCUCACCGCCGUCAUGCAGACAACGGCGCGCGGCGAGUCGUGGCCGAUCGACACGCUGUGCUGGGAGUUCACCGUCAUGCCGCUCGAGGAGAGCAGCUUCGUGCGUCCGCCGCGCGACGGCGGCGUCUACAUACGAGGUCAGUACCUGGAGGGGGCCUCCUGGUUCCGCAAGGAGGGCUACCUGGCGGAGCCGUUGCCCAUGCAGCUUGUGUUUCCCAUGACCCCCAUACACUUCAAACCUGUGCGGAUCACCGGCAAGCGGCUGCGCAAUCGGUACAUCUGUCCGUGCUACUACUACCCUCUCCGUAAGGGCGCGUUCGUGGUGGCCGUGGACCUGCCCUCUGGCAAGGAGUCCGCCGACUUCUGGGUCAAGCGCGGCACGGCCCUGCUCUGCACUCUCUCCGCAUAA